ACAAAACCAUAAACCAAAAGAAGAGAAGAAAAGAAGCGAUGGGUCUCUCUUGGGCACGUAAGUUACUUGUAGUCCUCAUGGUUUCUGCGUUCGUCUUCUCCGGUAGUGCUGAUGCGUGGAGCUGGAGUUGGGGUUCUGACCAGUCCGGUUCGAACGGGGGUUGGGGAUGGAGCUCCGGCAACUCUGGCGGUUCUUCUGGCUCGGGUUCAGGUGGUUCAGACUCCAACUCGGAUGGUUCAAGCUGGGGUUGGGGAUGGAGCUCGGACGGAACAGAUACAAACUGGGGUUGGGGAAGCAGCUCUGGCUCAAACUAUUCAAGUGGCACUGGUUCUACACACAACAAUCACAGCUCGGGCUCAAACCACUCAAGCAUCAUUGGUUCUACACACAACCACACGGCUCUAUCGGUGGGAAGAAAGAUUGCGGUUACUGUAUGGAAAAACGGAUACGGUUACACAGAAUGGACUGCAAAGCAUGCCCCAUUCUACGUCAACGAUGUUCUUGUCUUCACGUACAACAACAAUGACCAAACCCAAUCCAAGACAAAGCACCACAACAAGAAGAAGAACGACGUCUACUUGCUCCCAGACAUGAAGAGCUUCAAGAGAUGCGAUGUGGCCAGAGGCAAGAAGCUGGCGGCACGAGGAGGUUCAUCAUUAAGAGGCUUCAAGUUGCUUCUCCGUAAGGUUCAGACUUACUACUUCGCCAGUGGAGACCACAACGGCUGCAACCACAACAUGAAGUUCUCUGUCCACCCCAUUCUCCACCCUUCUUCACACUAACUUUAAAUCCACUUCACGACUUCACCUGUUAUUUCCUUUCCUUACUAGCUACAUUUGUUACGUAUUCAGAUUCUGUUGCUCUUUUUUUUUUUUUGUUGUUUCUUAUUGUUAAGGCAACUAGUCUUGUUCCAGGCAUAUAAUACACAUUCGUUUAUGCA